UACCACUGAUGAGUUGCCAGAUACAGACGAAUGAGAUUAGCUUUUCUAGAAGGACGACGAAUUCAGUUGAUCCAAUGAAACGUAGUUAGUAGUUUCUGAAUUCUGAACCAUUAUAGGACCAGCGAGUGGUUCGACGUGAGGGCACCACUGCACCAUGAUGAGAUGAUCGAAACCGGCCCCCCCCCCCGCCAGGAGGAGGAGGAGAGGAACUCCCCCGAGGCAAAUCAGAGAUGCAACGCACCGCCACAGCUGAGACGAGAUCGACUGGAAAGAUCGCUGGGCUGUGAGGAGGUGCGCUGCUACUCUACUCUCCAGACGAACUUGGGGAGGGUAACAAUUGCGCAGUGCUCAGGGCUGCGACUCCAGAUCGAUCCUGAGAACCCUCGAUCCAAAAAUUGCCUCCCCCUUUCCUUUUUUUUUUUCCCUUCUUCUUUUCUUUUGUUUUGUUUUCUUCGCCUAUUGAUAGACCAUAAAACCCGUCCCUUCUGUUUUUUAUGCUUCUUGUACUUCACCCCUGACCCAGAGAAUCCUCGUCCCUAUGGUAAAGGUUCCGUGGGUUGUCGGCCUGGAGGAUUGAGGAUUGCCAGGUACGUACCGGGCGUACCGGUGGAACGCAUCGAACGAGCACCUUUCGGAGGUGGACCGCCACUGACCUCGGUGGAGGGGGGUUUGUGGUACUUCUCCGUACUGUACCUGAAUACUCGAGAGGACUAAUUCUCCACUCCCUAAAGCAAAAAGUUAGUCCACAGCCCUAACCCGUUUUGGGUCAUCCACGCUUGCGGUAGUUAGUCAAACGAAAGCAAAACGAAUAACAA